AUGUCCGCGUGGCAGGCUACUGGCGUGCUCUUUGGGGUGUUUCCCCUUGUCGUGGCCGCUCUGGAGAAUCAUCAAAAGCUAGCUACUCGUCUUAAGUUGUUUGCAAAGACGAAAACUGAGUACAUGAAAUGCAGAAACGAGCUCACACUUCAACAAUUAACAUUUACGAGACACCUAAAGCGACUCUUACUCCCACUGGUCGACAGUGAGAAAGUUCAGGAGCUCAUUGAUAGGCCGACAGGAGAAGCGUGGAGGGAUGCAUCAAUGGUUGAACUUCUUGAGAAAAGGCUUGGAGACUCUUUUCAACUUUACCAAGAAUACAUCGAGGGUAUGAACCACGUGAUGGACGAGCUAUAUCAUGAGCUUGCCUUGAACGAUGAAUCUGUGCAGUCAAAGCUUUUAGACGCCUCUCAGAAGCGUCCAGCGACCGUUUCGAGAAUUAGAUCUGCUUUUGGCAAAGAUGACUUGUCAUUCCAGUUAUUCAGACUUCAUUUCAGCAAUGGCGAGUCCGUUCGCUGUAAGCUCUUUGCAGAGCUACAGGCCUAUAACGAUAAACUCGAUAAACUUCUCGAUUCGAGCGACAAAUUAUCUGCUCUUGAACAACGAAAAUUUUCACGAGAACAAGAAACGGCUAUCGACAAGCACUCGUCGCAACAUGGAACUGUCAUUGCAUAG